CGCUAGAAGAGCGGGAAGAGCUUCUGGACAUUCGUCGAAGGAAAAAAGAACUUAUCGAUGACAUCGAGAGGCUCAAGUGUGAGAUUGCGGAGGUCAUGACGGAGAUCGACAGCCUGACGUGCGUGGAGGAGAGCAAGACUACCCAGAGGAACAAGCAGAUCGCCAUGGGAAGGAAGAAAUUCAACAUGGACCCCAAGAAGGGAAUUCAGUUUCUGGUAGAAAAUGACCUGCUGCAGAGUUCACCUGAAGACGUCGCCCAGUUCCUGUACAAAGGAGAAGGCCUGAAUAAGACGGUCAUCGGGGACUACCUGGGGGAGAGGGACGAGUUCAACAUCAAGGUGCUUCAGGCCUUCGUUGAACUUCAUGAGUUCGCGGACCUCAACCUCGUCCAGGCCUUAAGGCAGUUCCUGUGGAGCUUCCGGCUUCCCGGGGAGGCACAGAAGAUCGACCGCAUGAUGGAGGCCUUUGCUGCGCGCUACUGCCUCUGCAACCCCGGGGUCUUCCAGUCCACAGACACGUGCUACGUGCUGUCCUUCGCCAUCAUCAUGCUCAACACCAGCCUGCACAACCACAACGUGCGCGACAAGCCCACUGCCGAGCGCUUCAUCACCAUGAACCGCGGGAUCAACGAGGGCGGGGACCUGCCCGAGGAACUGCUGCGGAACUUGUACGAAAGCAUCAAGAACGAGCCGUUCAAGAUCCCCGAGGACGACGGGAAUGACUUGACGCACACAUUCUUCAACCCCGACCGUGAGGGCUGGCUGCUGAAGCUGGGCGGCCGCGUGAAGACCUGGAAGCGGCGCUGGUUCAUCCUCACCGACAACUGCCUCUACUACUUCGAGUUCACCACGGACAAGGAGCCCCGGGGCAUCAUCCCACUGGAGAACCUCAGCAUCAGGGAGGUGGAGGACCCACGGAAACCUAACUGCUUCGAGCUUUACAACCCGAGCCACAAAGGGCAGGUCAUCAAGGCCUGCAAAACCGAGGCUGAUGGCCGCGUGGUGGAGGGCAACCACGUGGUGUACCGCAUCUCGGCGCCCAGCCCCGAGGAGAAGGACGAGUGGAUCAAAUCCAUCAGGGCCAGUAUCAGCAGGGACCCCUUCUAUGACAUGCUGGCCACGAGGAAGAGGAGGAUUGCCAAUAAGAAAUAGAACUGCCCAGGCUCCUGCAGCAGGCACACGGACCGACCCCCGCAGCACUGACCCCUCGCCGCACCUCUGCUGGCAGCCUGCAGGGGCAGCAGACCCUGCCCGACGCCCGGGGUCACAGCGCUGCGCUCCCCACCCGCCUGGAAGCGGCCACGGCCGUCAGCUGCUCGUGCUGGGCUGGGUGGUGCUAACAUUCUAGAAGCCACUGUUUUAUAUCAAAUGGGAACGGAAAAGCUACCACUGUUUUUA